AUGCGCCUUCACGGUUAUCCUGUCACCCCAGUUCGAGGCGAAAUGACGGUGGCAAAUUUGUUACCAAGUGACGAUAACAAGUGUGGCCCCGUGUGGCACUUCCUGGCACUAGCGAAUAGCCCUAGCAAGGAGUUUUCGAUCAUCGAAUUCGAACAGAAAAUCCAAGCCGAAGAUGCCGUCGACCAGUUGUCGAAACCAGCUGAGGGUGGAAGUGCGAAUUAA